CCUAGGGCUCUGGGGACACACCUUGGAGAAGCAGCCUCCCAGCCUGAAUCAAACCUCAAAAUACCUGUUGUCUUGCAGCACCAUGAGUGAGGAAUCCCAUGGAAAUCUGAUUAAAGAGAGACUGAUUCAGUUGAGAUGUCACUUUACUUGGGAACUGCUCAUUGAAGACAUUGAAGUGCCAGAGUUAGAAAAUCGGAUCUUGGAAGAGAUUCAAUUUUUAGACACCAACUACAAUGCGGGAAUUCACAACUUAUUGGCCUAUGUGAAACACCUACAAGGCAAGAAUGAGGAUGCCCUGGAGUGCCUGGAAGAAGGUGAAAAUUUGUGUCAGAGAGACCAAGCUGAUGAACCAGAUGUGAGAAGCCUGGUGACCUGGGGCAACUAUGCCUGGGUGUAUUACCACAUGGGCAGAUGGGAAGACACACAGAAGUACCUGGACAAGGUGCAGGAGAUUUGCAAGAGGUUUGAAGAUUCUUCCUGCUAUAGAGUGGAGUGUCCUGAGAUGGACUGUGUGGAAGGAUGGGCCUUGCUGAAGUGUGGAAUAAAGCACUAUGAACGGGCCAAGGCCUGCUUUCAAAAGGCUCUGGAAGUGGACCCUGAGAACCCAGAAUUCAACACCGGCUAUGCAAUUGUCACCUACCGCCUGGAUUACUCAGCCAGAUGCGAUAUCUGUGAUGGCUUGUCCCUUCCUCCCCUCAGAAAGGCCAUCAGCCUCAACCCACAAGAUGGGUACCUGAAAGCUCUCCUUGCUCUGAAGCUGCAGAAUGUGGGAGAGGAAGCAGAAGGAGAAAAGUACCUUGAAGAAGCUCUGAGCCAUGGGUCCUCACAGACCUAUGUGUUCCGACACGCAGCCAAGUUUUACCGCAGACAGGGUCAUCCAGAUAAGGCUCUGGGGUAUUUAGAAGAGGCCUUGAAGGCAACACCCAAGUCUGCUUCUCUUCAUCACCAGAUGGGACUUUGCUACAGGAAACAAAUGAUGCAAAUAAAGAAUUCUACCAACAGGCAGCCUCAAGAUCAGAGUAGAAGAGAUGUGGACAGACUGAUUCGAUUAGCUAUAGACAAAUUUCAAAAGGCUACAACACUAAAACCCACAUUUGAAAUGGCCUAUGUUGACCUCGCUCAGAUGCAUGCAGAAAUAGGCCAGUGCGGAGAGGCUGAGGAACAUUUUCAGAAAGCACUAAGCAUCAGAAACAUCGAGGAUCACAUCCUGCAAGACAUUCAUUACCACUAUGGCCGAUUCCAACAGUAUUGUAGGAAAUCUGAAGACAAAGCAAUCACUCAGUAUUUAAAAGGCUUAAAAAUAGAAAAGAUGUCCUAUGCCAGGGAAAAACUCCUCAAGGCUUUACAGAGAGUGGCAGAAAGAUGGGAUUGCCAGGAGAUACGAGUUGUAGAAGCCAAAAGCCUCCUUGGGCUCAUUCACAAAUUGAGAGGGGAGCUGAAGGAGGCCUUGCUGUGUUAUGAGGAGGCUCUGAGGCUGGCUGCUGACCUCAAUGCCAUGUUCUGAAAUGGGGAUCACCACUAUCCAAUGAAAGCACUCAAAACGACCUAUCAUGUCAUCUUUCCUAGGGAGGCCAUCUAAAAUACACAACCUGAUGAGAUUCAAAUUUCUACUGCCUACCCUACUGCUUGUACCUUACCCCUUCCCUCCAUUUGUCUGUGACAAGGGAAUUCGUUCUUCUGUAACACAUCACUUUAUUCAUCUUCAAGGAUGCUUAAUCAUAUUCAGGGCCAUUGUCAUAUUCAGGAACAAGAAGAUUCAUUGUGCUUCUGAAUUUGCCUUUGGGUUUCAUGAACAGACUUAUUAUUCUCCCAAACACAGGAGACUUUUCAUGCAGCUAGGGCACUGUCCUGCCACAAGAAAUGCUAGGCAUACAAAUGAAUAAUAGCAAGAAGAGUUCCAAUGAAGAAAGGAACUCCAGGAAUUCACUGCAGCAUUCCAGCCUGGAUUUCCAUUUUCUAAGGACCUACUGAAUCCAAAUACUUACAAUAACCUCAGCCUUCUGAUUCUAUCAGCCCAGCUGCUGUCAAUCGCAAGGGGUCAACAUGAUCCAAACACCUUGCCAGACUUCUUUCUUCUUCAGAGCUCAGAAUACAUAGGACUUGGGCAGUUGAAAAUGACACAAUCCAUUGCUUAAUGCAGUUUUUAAGCAUUUGCUGGGUGGUAUGAUAUAUAAUGAUUUUAAAAACAACAGGUAAAAAUUUUUGAGGUCACAAAUCUUUGUAUUUUGUUGAUGAAACUUUCUAAAAAUGUUGUUUGAGGAGUGUUAAUAAAUUUCACUGGAAAAGCUUAUGAAA